CCCACGGCGCACACAGGAGGAGGGUUGACAGCUGUGGGAGCUCUGGUCGGCUUUAGGUUUGCUAUCUGAUCACUUUCGCUUUGGAGUUCAGUCAUCGAUCGACCUAUAUUUAAAGCUCCACGCCCCGAGACUGCGGACCACUGUGUAUAUGAAUCCAACGCUGGGACAGGGGUCGUGACUGACGGCGUAGAAAAUGUCCCAAGCCGCACACUUUUGUCUUUGUUUGUUGAUUGUGUGGGAGACAACAGUGUUUUGGGGGCUUGGCUCAAACGCACUUCCAACUUUCGAUAACGAUGCCUUCACCAUCCAGCUCUCCGGGACCAAGCAGUGCAUCAGUGCAAAUGCCCCAGAACAGAUAACCCUUGCCCCCUGUAACCCUGAUGGCAAGUCCCAGCUGUGGAAAUGGGGUUCAGGGGAGCGUCUCUUUCAUGUGGCCACAACCAAGUGCUUAGCCUUAACAUUUCCCUCCAAGAAACUCGGAUUGGUCGACUGCGAUUUUGGGCCCAUGAUGUGGUGGAAAUGCACAAAUAACCUGGUGUAUACUAGUGCUCAAAUGGGGCUUUCGGCAACGAGUGAUGGAAAUGUUAUUGUCAAAAUGGAGUUUAAUGAGACUUGGGUUUUAGGAGGGUCCCAGGAUAACAUCUGCCAGAAGUCCUACCACAUUGUCCACACCACCGAUGGAAACUCAGCUGGAGCUCCCUGCGAGUUUCCCUUCAAAUACAAAAAACUGUGGUAUCACGAGUGCCUCUCAGAUUCAUCCAACCAAAGCACCUUUUGGUGCUCCACAUCCUCCGACUAUGACCGGGACUUGAAGAGAGGGACCUGUCUAAUACCAGAGGAGGGCUGCCAGACACUGUUUGAGGGUCCAGAAGAGAGCUCUUGUUAUGAGUUUGUCCCGUCUGCUGCUGUGACCUGGCAACAAGCUCUGGACUCAUGCCGCAGUCAGGGAGGAGACCUGUUCAGCAUCACCAAACCAGGGGAUCUACACUCCAAAACCCUUUUGAAUGGGCUCGGCAGGAUGCCUGAACGCAUAUGGAUCGGCCUCCAUCAGCUGGACCCAUCUCAGGGCUGGCAGUGGUCUGACGGCUCUCCUCUGUCCCACAUCCACUGGGAGACAGGGAUGCCGCCUGCCUUUACAAUCCUUGACUCAGACUGUGGGGUCCUGAACAGCCAACAAAGAUACGAAGUUGAAUCAUGUGACGCUAGACUGCCUUAUAUCUGCAAGAAGCCCUUUAAUGCCUCUAAAACUGCACCAGAGGUGCCCCUGGUCUAUAACGAAACAUCGUGUCCAGAUGGGUGGGUUCCCUGGAGCGGCUGGUGUUACAAACUGGUGAAGGACACUCCUAAGAGUUUCACUGAGGCCUUGAUACAUUGUAACAACACAGAGGGAGGAGCCUCUCUGGCCACUUUCCACUCCAUCGACAGCAAAGAGAUGAUCAGCACCAAAUUUCAUAGUAGUGAUCAAUCACAAAUAAACGUAUGGAUCGGCCUUAUUAGCAGUGGCACAAGCCCUGUUGUUUUUAAGUGGCUGAACCAGGACCCAAUCACCUUCACAUAUUGGGACAAAAACCAGCCCACCCAGCCCGCUCAGGACAUCAGCUGCAUCUACUAUUCUGGAAAAACUCUUAAAUGGAGGCUUGGUGACUGCAAUGAGAAGUUACCAUUUAUGUGUCAGAAGAAAGGAAAGGUUAACAACUUGGCUGAACAAGACGAGUGCCCAUUCAAAGAUGGAUGGAGGAGACAUGGCAAUUCUUGUUAUCGUCUUGACGCCAAACAAGUGCCCUUUGAAAAUCACUGCAACUUUACCAUAAGAAACAGCUUCGAACAGGACUUUGUCAGCCGUCUAUUGGCAGAGCAGAUUAGUUUAGAGAAUCAGUUUUUCUGGAUUGCUCUAAACGAUGUCAACAACAGUGGGGAGUAUCAGUGGAUGACCCCGGGCAACCCUGAGGUCACGUACACCAACUGGGCACCAAAUGAACCAGGUGCAGAUGGAGGCUGUGUGGUGAUGUCAACAGGAAAACCUCUGGGCAGUUGGAGGGUGAAGGAUUGUGCCUUUUUCAAAGCAGGCACCAUUUGUAGAAGAGACCUGGGUCCUGCCCCUGAGCCAGAGCCAGAGCCAGAUGACAGCGCCCAGUGUCCCAGCGGCUGGACAUCAAAACCAAAUAUUAGAAACUGCUACAAGGUGUUUCAUGAGGAAAGGUUGAGCCAGAAGCGCUCGUGGGCCGAGGCGGAGAACUUCUGUCAGGCUCUGGGGGCAAACCUGGCCAGCUUCGCUCAUCUGGCUGAGAUGAGAGCCCUGCACAGCAUCAUGAGGGAGACCAUUAGUGACAACCGAUUCUUCUGGGUUGGGUUGAACAGGAGGAAUCCAGCUACUCGCUCGUGGCAGUGGAGCAAUGGUCGUCCAGUGUCCCUUGAUAUUUUACAUCAAGAUUUCCAUGUGAAUGAUCCUUACAGCCGCGACUGCACUGCCUUUAAGACAAUGAAAAGCAACUUGAAACACUUGUUUGUGUUUUUGCUUCACGACGUCAAACCCAUACCUUUCUAUGUGACACCAUUUCACUGUGAUGCCAAGUUGGAGUGGGUCUGCCAAAUACCCCGAGGAAAGACGCUAAAGACACCAGAGUGGUACAAUCCAGAGGGCCACCAUGAGACAUCCAUCUUCAUUGAUAAAGAUGAGUUCUGGUUUGUGACGGAGCCUCGUUUGACUUUUGAAGAGGCAAAGCUUUACUGUAAAGAGAAAAACAGUACUCUGGCCUCACCCCCGAGCUUCACCGCCGCUCGGCAAAUCCACCAAAAACUGCACGAAGAUUUACUUGGACAACCUACACGACAAAAGUGGUGGAUUGAUAUGCAAGAUCCACAUCAUCUCUACCCUAUGACAUACUCUGGGCUGUUCUUCUAUAAUUCUCGUUUCCUGGGGAGAUGUUCAAGUAUCAAUGGUGAAAACGUAUUUCCAGAAUACGACGUGUCCUGCAGAACACGGCUGCCUUUUGUAUGUCAGAAAGUGAACGUAACAUCAGUGGAAAAAAACCCAUACAAGCCACAGCCUUUGGGACUGCCCUGUGAAAACUCUCUGUCCUUCAGGAACAAGUGUUACAUAGAAAUGAAGAACCCCAAACCCAGAUCUUUUAAGUCUGCUGUUGAAGAGUGCCAAUCUGUGAGAGGAACUAUGCUCACUAUAACAGAUCAAGUAGAACAAGACUUCAUCACCAGCAUCUUGGCCACGAGAACAGACAUGAACUUCACAUGGCUUGGUUUGAGGCUUCGUCCAAAUCAACAGAAAUGGGUGGAUGACUCUUCAGUGUCCUUUGUCAACUUUAACCCUUUGCUUCACGGCAUGGUCAAGCCCAUAACAAUCAAUCAAUUUGACGCCGAGAGCAUGGAUCUAUGUGCCUUUAUGUACAAUAAUCCACACUCUGACCUGAUGGGAUCCUGGGACUUCACUUCCUGUGGAGACUCUCAACCACUGGCCUACUGCCAACACUAUGCAGACAAAAUGGAAGAGCCACAGGUCCCGUCCAAAUCCUUUAACAUUGGGAACCACACAGUUUUGCUUCUUCUCCAAAAUCUGACCUGGUUUGAAGCUCUGGAAAAGUGCAAUGAGAACGAGAUGGAGCUGGCGAGUAUUUCAGAUGCUAUCCUUCAGUCCAGCCUCGUGGUGCAUGUGAACAGGGCCCGUACACCCAUGUGGAUCGGCCUAUUUAGUGAAGACAAGGGAGUCCACUACCGCUGGACAGACCACAGUCACACAGUGUUCAGCCGCUGGGCCCCUGAUGCUAAUGGGGGCUCCUGUGUUUACAUUGACACUGAUGGAUUAUGGAAAACCAUGGAGUGUGAGGAGAAGCUGGGAGGAGCAGUGUGCCACAAGCCACAUGAAGACACCAUCUCGACACCAGACGAUGUUGCAGUGAAGUGUCCUCAUAAAAUCAAUGGUGCCAACUGGAUCCCCUUCAAAAACAACUGUUACUCGCUGCAGCUGGUGUCCUCCAGAUGGGAGCAGUUUGACAAAGGACAGGCCCGAGAGACCUGCAAAAACCUGCAUGAAGAUGCUACCGUCUUGACCAUCAGAGACGCAGAGGAGAAUGAGUUUAUCAAACAGCAGCUUGCCCCUUUCCGAAGCCUUGUGCAGUUCAUUUGGCUGGGCAUGUUCAAAGAUGACAAUGAUGACCAGAUGAAGUGGUUCGAUGGCACCAAUGUUCAAUAUAAUAACUGGAAAUUUGGCAGAGUGGACGUUGACAAACCUUUCUUAGCGGGACUCAACACUUUCGGAGUUUGGUUCUUCAUCACCAACAGGAACUAUUUCCAGGAGUUUAAGCAAAAGAUGAUUGUGGCCUGCAAACUGGACAAAGAUGAAAAGAAAAAGUACAACACAUCAGUCAUUGACUUCCAGCGCUAUGGUAACCUGACAUACCAGGUGCUGCCCCAGAAACUCACCUGGUUCCAGGCGUUGGAGGAGUGUGGGCGACGCGGUGGUCACCUGGCCAGUGUCCACGACCUCCAACACGAUGCUCACAUCAACCUCAUUGCAAAGACAGACGGCUUCCCUCUCUGGAUCGGACUGUCCAGCCAAGAUACUGGUGGAACUGAUUUUGAGUGGUCCGAUGGCACUCCUCGGAACUACACACCCACCAUCACCGAACCUCAGUCCACCUCCAGCUCACCCGGUCCAGAAGCACGCUGUGUUUAUGUGACUCCGGACGGAAAAUGGGUGAAGAGCAGCUGCCAAACUGUGACCGAGGGAGCCAUCUGCUACACUACCAACAUGACCACAACCUCUCAGAGAGCCCGGUUGCAGGCAGCCCCAGCCUCAAACAGGUGUCCUCAGAAAGAUGGAGGGUCUCUGUGGGUGCAGCACGAGGAGCACUGCUACGCCUUUGACAUGAGCUUCUACAACUACAGCGUGUUCAACAUGGAGAACGCCAAGAGCAUCUGCAACAGUCUGGAUGCUGAAUUAUUGACCAUAAAGAGCAGAGAGGAGAAUGACUUUGUUACCAAACACAUUUCUGACGAUCCUCUAGUGACCAGCAGAACUUGGCUUGGCAUCAACCCUAGCACUGAAAAUAAACCUUUGUCCUGGCAUGAUGGCACGACUCUGGAGUACUCAAACUGGAAAAAUGAGGCACUGGCCAAAGCAGCGGGACCAAACCAGUGCGCCAUCUUGAGCACUGCCGACGAAGGGACCUGGAAGCUGGUCCACUGUGAAACAAUACGCAGUCGAGUUGUGUGUCAAACCAAAGCAAGUAAAGGCACACCUGUGGCUGCGGUCUUCUUCAUCCUCAUCCUCGUGCUGCUGCUUCUCGCUGUUGGUUUUGUCGUGUACAAGAAAAAGCGCCACCAUUUCAGCACCACCGUGCGCUACAAACGGACUUAUGACCAGACGGACUCCACGAGUAUCGUCACUGAUCCGGAGUGAAGCAGCCACGCAUCAAACUAAGAUUUACUUAAAACAAGAGCUACUAUCGCAAACGCCUUUUCGAUUUUAAAUUAUUUAUUUUUGACCCAGCUGAAGAAGAGUUGUGUGUAUAACUGUAAAUAUUGAGCUGUGAAUACAUUUUUAUUUAGUGGGGUCCCUUAAAGAUGCACUGUGUAACUUUAGGUUGGUGGUCCGUCAUCUUCGUGCUUCUGUACAUGUCAUUGUUCUGCUUGGAAUAUCCCACAGUAUGGGAAUUAUUAUUUAUUCAAUUAUUCAAUUAUUAUUCAAUUAUUAAACAGAUCUACUAUGCAUUUAUUAAAUUACAGGUGAUUUUAUUGCUUCAAAACACCUAGAAAAAUAGGCAUUCUGGGUUGCCGCUCCACAAAUCUGACCUGUAACUUGGCCUGGUUUGGUCUCCAUGAAGAUACACUGCAAAUUUGUCUGAUCUGGCCAAGAUUUUAAAAUUUAUAUCAGGUUAUUGAGCUUGUUUUAAGAUUUAUUAUUUACUUACUAGUUCUGAGACUGUUUAAUUCUAAUCUAGAGGUAGUUUAUUUUAAGAUAACUUUAUAAUUAUCUUGCUACAUGGACAGAUAAUUUCAGAACUUUUAAGUAAGUUUUUUUUUUUGCAGUGUAGAAAGGUUUAAUGCCAUACUCUGAAACAUUCCAGGCAAAGCAAUAAUAUCUCCAUAUAGACAGGCAAGUGGCGGACCCUCCACCAGAAAAGUGACACAAUGCACCUUUAACAAUGUACUAUAAAUGUCCCAGGGUUUUUCAUGCACUGAAGAAAGUGACUAACUAUCAGGGAUAACUGACCAUAAUAAUUGUAAUGGCAAAAGUAACAGUAUUUGAAAGGGGAUUUUAGUUUAACAUUUUCUUAUUACUACUGAUACUCCCCUUGUUUUCUUCACUGAUACGCCAAGAAACACACACUGUUUUUUUCUAUCAACUUUGUAUUGACACUGUAUUGGCUAAUGCUGUUUUAAGUUGCACUCUUCCAAAAACGUGAUAUUAUUUUCUAGUCGAAUUAACAGCCAUGGAUGAAAAAAUCCCACUGAUUGUGCCUUUGUAUUUGUAAUCUUAAAGGUUUCUAUAAUUCAAUACUGAUUUACUUUGGGACACGGUCUUAAAAUUCUGAUUGUUAUAAUAAGCCUGUGUAUUGUAUGUACAGUGGAUAUGCCUAUUUGCUAUGCACUACUGGGAAAGAGAGCACUUUAUUGUGUUAAAGAUACACUGCGUAACUUUUCUAGUGAAGGGCCUGCCACCUGCUUGUCUUCAUGGAAAUGUUAUUGCUUUGUCUAGAAUGUUCCACAGUAUGGAUUAAACCUAUCACAAGGGAGACAACCAGUUUACAGCACUAUACUACAUUAUUUACAGAAGGAAUGAUUGUAUUUUUGAGCAAUAUUAACACCUGUAAUUAAUAAAUGUUAGAUGAUUAUGUUUAAAGUAAUACCAUGGAACAUUCCAAAGCAGUAGGUAGCAGACCCUUCACCAGAAAAGUUGCGCAGUGCACCUUUAAGCUGCAGAUUUCUCAUGUUGAAGCACAAUGAGCUUUUUAGAGAUUUUGUAGAGAUGUUGAAAAAUUGCACUGGUGUUUACUGAAAAUGCCUUGUAAAUGUAAAUAUGAGUUGUUUUAUAAUUGAUCAAACCAAAGAUGUCAGUCAGGGUUGUGCUUGCUGCAUGUUAACAAGGUCAUAUCAUCAACUUUAUCCACCCGCUCAGAUCAGGUACCUUCCAAUAAAAGUCAUUUUCUUUCAAACA